CGAGUAGCUGUUUUAUAUAUACGUAACUGUGUGUGAACCGUUGGUUGUGUUUAUUUACAUUAUUUAGAAUAAUAUUCCACCCUUUUAUCUUAAGUAACUUUAAACGUAAUAAAUAGGAUUAAAUAUAUCAAACAAUAUGGUUUUACCUUCAGCUGAAGACCUUGCAGGUCUGGUGUUCAAGGAGUUUCGGCAAUUACCAAAAACUGGAAAGCCCACCACGAACGAGUGGACAAUCCUUUCGGCCAUAGUAAUGCACGAUACUGCAAAAGGAACUUCUAAAGUCGUAGCUAUUGGCUGUGGCACUAAGUGUAUAGGGAAAAGUAAGCUUUGUAGUCAUGGUCUCAUCCUAAAUGAUUCUCACGCUGAAGUAUUGGCUAGACGUGCACUUCUACGCUAUAUUUACCAUCUCUUGAAACGAGUAAUAGAAUACAGUGAUGAGGGUGUUUUCCAGUGGGAUUCUGAAAAUGUUUGCUUUCGAAUACGACCAGAUCUAAAUUUUCAUUUCGUUAGUACACAGACACCUUGUGGAGAUGCCUGUAUUCGAAACGAAGCUAUUGAAGAAAAAAGUACAAAAGAAGAGCAUAUAAUUAAUGACGAACCCACUCAACCAAAACUGAAAAAACGAAAAAUUAACAAGGAAAAUGAUGAAAAUGAAGACUGUGCACCCAAUGGCGAUGAUAAUGUAGGUGCUCUGUUAGAACCAAGUCCGAAUGAUGCUGUCUAUACUGGUGCGAAAUUAAUAGGUUUAACGGAUCAACAAGAUGCCAUGGAACAAAAAAUCGGCGCCGUCAGAACGAAACCUGGUCGAGGGGACCGCACACUAUCUAUGUCAUGUAGCGAUAAGCUGGCGCGUUGGAAUGUAUUUGGCAUGCAAGGAGCUUUGUUGGACAUAUUGUUAGCGCAUCCUAUUUAUUUUGAAACACUGAAUUUUGUUGGUUGUGCAGAAAAUGAAGCAGCAAUCAGACGUGCAAUAUAUGACCGCUUUAUUGGCAAACAAUUUAAAACUACCAAAUAUAAAAUUCACAAGCCAACGAUAAGGUUCGCUGAGACCGUUAAGUUUGAAUAUGCUGAAAACGAUAACCGAAAAAAUCCAGCUCCUACUGGUAUAUCAUGGUGCAAUAUUCCUAUAGAUUUAAAACCUUACGAAAUCUCAGUAAAUGGCAAUAAACAAGGUGCUACAAGAAAAAAAUUUGGAACCCCAGAAGCUGCAGUAAAAAUUAGUAAAUACAACCUACUGCAAGAAUUUGUGGAUAUAUUACGGGUGGAGCCGAAACUGAGACAAAAAUAUCGAAUCGAUAGCAAAGAGCUUACCUAUUUAAAAUACCAUCAAUAUAAACAAUUAGCAAGGGAGUAUCAAGCAGCUUGGACCCUGGCUAAACAAAACUACUUUUCACAAUGGACUGAGAAACCGCCGAAAUUGCUGGAAUUCAGUUUAGAUGCAUAGAAAACAUAAUCACAUUAAUAAAAAUACACAGAUUGAAUUGAAAUAUGGUCAAGUCGUUUAUUUCUAUGUAUAAUGUCACUAUAUAUUGGAUGUGUGUAUGUAUGUAAUAAUUAUAUUUGUGAUAUAAUUGUACAACUGUAUAAAUUUUAUUAUGUACAAAUUUUGCUUACCCUCAGCUGAAAUAGUUUUAAUUUAAUUUUUUUGUUUUAAUAUACGUAACAUCAAUUUGCAAUAUCGUGCAUGAUAUUUACCGCAAAAGCUAUGUAAUGCAAAUUUCAAUAUGUUAAAACACAUAAAAGCUUAUAUUUUGUUUAAUACAAUCUGUUGUGUAAUAAGCAUGAUUUUUUUUUUUUUUUUAUUUAACGCAAACUUUUCACAUUUAAAAUUGUUUACCGUCAAAGCUUUUAAAAGCACAAAUAUAGUUGUUUAUUUUUAUCAACUGUAUUCAAAACAUUCUUACGGAUUUUAUACAAUCAUAUUUAUUAUUUAUUAUGCGCUUGUGCAUGAUUUUAAUUAUAAUUAUGGCAAACACCAUUAAAUAUUUCAAUUAGUUUAAAUGUUUGGUGUUGUUUGGCGUGGAAUAUACUUAACCUCCAAAUAAAGAGUUGACAAACGAAAUGAUUUGAAAUUUCAGUUUUUAUUGAAAUGUAAUCAAUUUAAAAUAGAUACAAUUUCGUUAAUUAUAUAGACGCUUACGAACGAGUUUAACAAAUAAAACUAAGCACAUACAUGCAUAUGCACGUAUGCAUAAAAAAUAUUUGUAAAAUAGAAAUAACACAACUCCAAAGGAAGUUAACGAAAUUGUUAAAACAUAGAAAAUGCUAUAUAAAAUUAAAAUUAUUUUUUUAUACAAAGUUGUCAUAAAAGCAUAAAAAAUUGAUAAAAUAAAAAAGUUAUUAGCGCUACUAUGUAAAAGGCCCCACAGACAAAUAUUUUCACUCCUUAAAUAUGGUAUAUGCGUAUAUGUAUUUGCAAGUAAAUAUUUUGAAAUAUGCUUUAUAUGUUCCACAAGUAAUUUAAAAUUCAAAAGUGCUUACAUUUUUCAAAAUUAUGUCAUUAUUUAAUUGUUAUAUAUAUCUUUUUUACUUUAUUUUAUUUUGUUUUUUGUAUAAACUUUGCAGGGAUAGCAGCAAAAACUAAAAAACAAAAACGUUUAUACCUCAGUUUAAGUUAUAAAUUUUAUUUGAUUAAAACAUAUAAAUCUAGUGUCAAUAUAUGUGUGUAUUUUUUUAACUCAUACUUGAUUGAGGUCUUAAUGUGCCUAUAAACUAAUUACAUGUAAAUAAGUAAAACGUU